AAGGUGGCCCUUGCUUAUAUAUAUAUAUAUAUUUGUUACCAAAACGCUGAAUGUGCCAUCAAAUUAAUAGCCUUUAUCCAAUCAAUGGAUUUCAUGCCACUGCCCAGUGCUGAUGUUCUUGGUGUUCUCAUUGCUAUAUUUUCAGUCACCGCCAUCGCUGCAGCUUCUUCUUAUUAUUUUCUCAGCAGAAAACCCAAAGGCUGCUUGGACCCUCAGAAAUUCAAAGAAUUCAAGCUAAUUAAGAAGACACAAAUUAGCCCUGAUGUUGCGAGGUUUAGAUUUUCUCUUCCUACACCCAAAUCAGUGUUGGGUCUUCCUGUUGGAACGCAUGUUGUCUGCAGGGGAAAGGACAGUGAAGGUCAAGAAGUUACAAGACCAUAUACACCAAUUACUCUGGAUUCUCAAGCUGGUUACUUUGAACUAGUUGUAAAAAUGUAUCCGAAAGGAAGGAUGUCACACCAUUACAGGGAGAUGCGUGAAGGGGACUAUCUAGCAGUAAAGGGACCUCAGGGCCGGUUCAAUUACAAACCCGGCCAAGUUCGGGCGUUCGGGAUGAUCGCCGGAGGUAGUGGCAUCACCCCAAUGUUCCAGCUUACCAGAGCCAUAUUAGAGAACCCAAAAGACAAAACCAUUGUGCGUCUUAUUUAUGCCAAUACCACAUUUGAAGAUAUUCUUCUCAAGGAAGACCUGGAUGACUUCGCUACCAAAUUCCCCAAUCGUUUCAAAGUUUAUUACGUCCUCAGCCAGCCUCCUGAAGCAUGGAGCGGUGGUGGUGGUCAUGUAUCCAAAGAAAUGAUUCAAAAUCACUGCCCACCUCCUGCCCCUGACAUCCGGAUAUUGAGGUGCGGCCCACCGGGCAUGAACAAGGCCAUGGCAGCUCAUCUUAAUGCACUUGGGUACACAUCCUCCAUGCAAUUUGAGUUCUAAUGGAUCAUUACGUAUUUCUGUAUAUGCAUUUUCUCUAGCUUUCUCGUAUCAUCAAGAAGAUUUGCAAUGCAAUUUGGCACCAACUAGGGUUUGUCACCUGUUAAUUGCCACUUAUUUAAGAAUUUGUCAGCGUAAACCUAUCCUCGUGCUUGAUUUUUUUGUAAAAUUAGAGCUCUUGGUUUCUAUGUUUUGCUAGA